AUGGCGCUGCGCUGGGGCAUCGUGUCGGCUGGUUUAAUCGCCGGCGACUUCACCACCAUGCUGUGCUCACUGCCGCCCUCGGAACACCAGGUGGUAGCAGUGGCCGCCAGGGACCCGAACCGGUCAAAGGAGUUUGCCCAGAAACACAACAUCCCCAAGGCAUAUGGCUCCUACGAGGAGCUAGCACAGGACCCAAACGUGGAGGUGGCCUACAUUGCCACCCAGCACCCCCAGCACAAGUCAGCAGUGCUCCUCUGCCUGGCAGCGGGCAAGGCUGUCCUUUGCGAGAAGCCCAUGGGUGUGAAAGCGGCAGAAGUUCGGGAGAUGGCUGCAGAGGCCCGCUCUCGGGGCAUCUUCCUUAUGGAGGCCAUCUGGAGCCGGUUUUUUCCUGCCAUGGAGGCUUUACGGGAAGUUUUGGUCCAAGGAACUAUCGGGGACGUACGAGUGGCCCGGGCGGAAAUGGGGAUCCAAGUAACCUGGUUACCCCGGGCCACCGACCUGAGCCAGGCAGGCGGCAGCCUGCUGGACCUCGGCAUCUACUGCAUCCAGUUCCUCUCCACAGUCUUUGGUGCGCAGAAGCCGGAGAAGAUUUCAGCCGUAGCAGACAUCCAUGAAACAGGUGUGGACAGCACUGUCAGCGUGCUUCUUUGGUACCCAGGAGGGGCCCACGGUAGCUUCUCCUGUAGCAUUACUUCCAGCCUCCCCAACACAGCAUAUGUGAUCGGUACCAAGGGCAUGGCCCAGAUUCGCAGAACAUGGUGUCCAACAGAGCUGGUGGUGAAUGACGAGCACAAAGAGUUCCCUCCGCCUGUCCUCGGGAAAGGGUACACUUUUUUAAACGGACCAUGCUUGAGUUAUGAAGCUAACCACGUCCGUGAGUGCCUUCGUAAAGGUCUUAAGGAAAGUCCUGUAGUUCCUCUGGCAGAGAGUGAGCUCUUGGCUGAGAUCCUUGAGGAGGUGAGGAAGGCUAUUGGAGUCACCUUCCCCCAAGACAAAUGCUGAUGCUGCUCCUUGGUUGGAUGUGGCAAGCAAUAAUAGCUUGCCACUCAUUGCUUUGGAGUUAUUUUUGAAAAACAGCUCGAGUUCCAGAAAGGGACUCCUAAGAGACACCUUACUAUUGUUCCUACUGUACA